AAAUCAAAACAAACUCAUUUUCACGGUGCUGUUCUACGAAAAAACUUCAAUUUUUCUCAUAAAAUGAACAAAUUACUGAAUCCCGUGCUACUGCGUCACGUUUUUCGCGUGACAACGCAACAAAAUGCCCCAAAAAUCGGCUCCAACGUGCGAUAUUUGUGUGACAAAGUCAAAGAACCGUCGAAAGCCGAGGACGAAUCGCUCGACGCAUUGAUUCCCAAAAUGAGUGGCUUCGCAAAGGCCUUUGAAAAGCAAGAACAAGCCGUUCAGGACGAACGAACGCCCAAAGAGGAGCCCGUACAGUCCUUUGCUGCAAUGUUACGACACUCGAAAUUCAUUGGCUUGGGAGAUCCAGAGAAUAAAAUCGUGACAGGACAAAUUUUCCAUGUCGUUGGCGACGAUUUGUACAUCGACUUUGGCUGGAAGUUCCAUUGUGUGUGUCAGCGACCCCUAAAAAACAGCGAGGCGUAUGUCAGAGGGGCAAAAGUCAGACUGAGGAUCAAAGAUUUGGAGUUAUCGACCAAAUUUUUGGGUUCAGACAAGGAUUUGACGAUAUUGGAAGCCGAUUGCCAGUUAUUGGGACUCGUUUAUUCGCCGAAAAAGAACGAAGUUGCCUAGAUGGAUGGAAAAAAAUCAGUUAGAAAUAGAAAAUUUACUAAAAUUUAG